CGACAUCACGGCGGGAUAUCUACCAGAACUGACCAGCCAAGAUGCCUCAAGCACAGCCCGAGUUGAAGAAGUACAUGGAAAAGCGGGUAUUUUGCCAACUGAACGGCAACCGCAAAGUCAUUGGUAUUCUUAGAGGUUACGAUGUAUUCAUGAACAUUGUGCUCGACGAGGCUUUCGAAGAGAAGCAGGGCGGAGAGAAGGUUGCUAUUGGCAUGGUGGUCAUUCGCGGUAACUCGGUUGUCAUGCUCGAGGCUCUCGAACGUAUAAGCGACAAAUAAAGGAAGCUCUGGAUAUUACCUUCAUUGUGGGAUUAAUAUAAUGCAAUAAGGA